CUCAGACACGUCGGUGAGUCUCUAUAAGAGCUUGAAAAGUUUGCCAUGGCUGUCCUAAUUUUCCUCGCAACCCCACCUUCUCCAAACCCAUUCAUGGAUCCCUUCACACCACCCAAGCCACUGCCCAAAAAACGGUAUCACUCCAAGCAAUAUCGUGACCGUCAUUCGCGUAAACGAGACGUUUCGGAGCACUGCAGACCUUUGCGCCUUGACGACCUCGAAAGGCGCCCUCCUUCACCGUCGCCUGAAGGUGGUGAUGAUCUCGCCUCAAACCGCGUCAUCAAGCCCCUGACCUGGAUCACCGGACGAACACCUUACAGUCGUGGCACCGCUAGUCUGCACGUAUGUGAUCCUGCAAAAAAGACUGGCCCAACAGACGGAUAUUUACAAGAGGACCUCCGCCAUCGGUUAUUUGUCAACUUCGACAUAUUUCUCCAAACAUUCCUCAACGUCCCCGCGGAUUGGCGCACAACUUACAAGUCUGCCAUUGACGAUGUCCUCGCGGAUCAACACUUCGACAGACUUUUGAACGAGUAUCUGAAGAAGGCAAAUAGUACAAGCAUUGAUCACAACCGAGAAAAACGGCUCUAUCUACCCUACGUGAAGAUGUGCAACCGGGCUGUCGACGUUCUGCAGACUAACGAACUCACCGCUGUGCCUGACGACGACAUCGUCCACUAUUACCGCCUAGAUCCACAUGUGGUGAAGGGAUCCAGGGAUCAACUGAAACCAGACAUGAUUGGCGUCAUGACAAGGAUAUUUGCUUCUGCUGAAGGUAAGCUAAAGCGGGAUGCAUUGAAGAAGUUUGCAGAGGAUCGAGAGCUGGAUACUAAGAAAGGGGACAUUGAAGGCCAGGGACCAAUGCAGAAAACAUUGAAGCCAGACAACAUUCCCUCUUGGUCUCAUUGCACUCACAUCAAGGAGAUGAAAGCCACCGACAGAGCCUUGGAUGACAGAACAAAGGCGAUCCGGCUGUUAUCAAAAGAUGGUCAAGUCCCAUUGAAAUCCUUUCCUCGUAAGAGAUGGGUGGAGAAUGGUCAGCUAGAUAAACAGGCUGCAGAUAUCCCCUUGAUGCCAGGCAACCCUUCAAGAAUCAAGAAACAAUGGUCUGAUAACAGGGACAAGGAGAUGAAAGGUACCGACAACAUCUUGAAUGAGGGUGACAGCAGGAACACCUUGUUCACUAAUGGUGGUCAGGAAGCACUAACAGUGGUGCCGCAUGAGAGUUGUGCUGUGGGAGAUUCCCUGUCUGAAGAAGAUGAUGGACUGAGUGCUGCCACUGAUCAACCAAGGAUUGCCACUCGCACUUCGGUGGACAAUACACUCGGAGGUCAAAGACGAAAUGAUAGAGCCAGGAGCGAACUUAGAUAGUCGCGAAGAAUGGAGUUCGAUGUUAGGUAGAUUAAACCUUAGCCGAAGCUGGGGUUUAGACCAGCUGAGGCUCUCCUUAAAUACACGUUG